AAGAAAGAUUUGUCUUCACAAUUUGCUUUACAGUAUCUGAAUAGCAAAAGCACAAUGGACACUUUUUAGAGUUUUACAGAAAUCAAAAAUCAUCUAGGAACAAGAACAUUGGACUUCAAGGAAUAACAGACUUUAGAGAGCCCAGAAAUUGGUCACUGAUAAACCUGAUUUGGCCAUACAGCUUGGGAAUGAAUACCAUUGAGACAGCAAAGCUUGAAGAGCAUAUGGAGGGUCAAAACAAUGACACUUCUAAUGGCUACUCACGACCUACUCUCUCAGUCAGUGAAGAGAACAAAAAUGGCACUAGCAAACCAAAGGGCUUGUCUAAUGGCUUGCGAAAAACAACAAAGAAAUAUCCUGAUUACAUCCAGAUUGCUAUGCCGGCUGAGUCUAGGAACAAAUUUCCUCUGGAAUGGUGGAAAACAGGCAUUGCCUUUGUCUAUGCUCUCUUCAACUUGAUUCUAACAACUGUCAUGAUCACUGUGGUCCAUGAGAGAGUACCUCCAAAGGAGCUAAGCCCUCCCUUGCCUGACAAAUUUUUUGAUUACAUUGAUCGUGUGAAAUGGGCUUUUUCUGUAUCAGAAAUAAAUGGAAUGAUACUAGUUGGAUUAUGGAUAUUCCAGUGGUUGUUUCUUAGAUACAAAUCAAUAGUGGGACGCAGGUUCUUUUUUAUAAUAGGAACUUUGUAUCUGUACCGCUGUAUUACUAUGUACGUUACCACCUUACCUGUGCCUGGAAUGCAUUUUCAGUGUGCGCCGAAGUUGAAUGGAGAUUCUCAGGCAAAGGUUCAGAGGAUCCUGCGACUGAUUUCUGGUGGUGGUCUAUCCAUAACUGGAUCACACAUCCUGUGCGGAGACUUUCUGUUUAGUGGUCACACUGUGGUAUUAACGCUGAUCUAUCUGUUCAUCAAAGAGUAUUCACCACGUCAUUUCUGGUGGUAUCACUUAAUCUGCUGGCUAAUGAGUGCUGCUGGCAUAAUUUGUAUCCUUGUUGCUCAUGAACACUAUACUGUAGACGUCAUCAUUGCUUACUAUAUCACCACACGGCUUUUUUGGUGGUACCACUCAAUGGCUAAUGAAAAGACUUUAAAGGUCUCUUCGCAGACAAAUUUUCUGUCUCGAGCAUGGUGGUAUCCAAUAUUUUAUUUCUUUGAGAAGAAUGUGCAAGGCUCUGUUCCUUGCAGCUUUUCCUGGCCGAUAUCUUGGCCUCCCAGCUGCUUCAAAUCUUCAUGCAAAAAGUAUUCACGGGUUCAGAAGAUGGGAGAGGACAAUGAAAAAUCUACCUGAAGAAAAGAAGGAAAGCAUCUGCUCUGUUUUUUUACCAAAACAUUAAUGCUGUAACCAAAGCUCUUAAGAGGACUACACUGUAACUGAAGAAGUGGACCAAGCUUCUGUGCAAUUGAUUGGAAAGACAAUUGUAGACAAACAUAUUGCCAUUUCGUAUGUUUUCCUAUCACCAGGCUGUACAGACCUAUUCUACUCUUCAGUGCUAAUAGAAUGCACCACUGAUGGGAUUUUUUUAUUAAAGAAAAAAUGGAGCAGGACUUUGCUUUACUAAUGAGAUAGAGGCCAAAGACCACACUAGCACUUUCAUUACUAACUAUCACUCAUCCACAGAAGCACCCAAAAAUCUCAUCUUCAGAGUUCUGGAGUGCGUAAGGGCAAAAACAUGCUAAAAUGUAAAGGCAUGAUAUCGGCAUAUUUGUGGCAUAUAAAAAAAAUAACACAAUUGUGGGAAGUGGUUUGUUGCAUUAUUCUUGCUAAUGAAGGUAAGGCCUUUGCGUGACUGGUACAGCUGGAAGCAAGUCUUGACUUUUUUUACACUCUGUGGGUAUGAAUAUCUUAUGACCCUAAAAUACUACUUACCACCAUUAUCUCCCAUAUAUUCUACUAUAUACUAAUUUUUACAUUUUUUAUUAGUAAUUUUAUAUUUAAAAUGUUGUGCUACCUGAUGACUUUGCAAAUUAGGAAUAGCUGCUAACAUCAGAGCUCAAGGAACCUAAAACUUUAUUUUUAAAAAAGGACAUGGUUUCAAAGUCUAAAUCUUUAAUUGCAGUUUGGCCUUGUGU